AUGGUUUUUGAAUCGUUGGUGGCUGAUCUUCUCAAUAGAUUUUUAGGAGAUUUUGUUGACAAUUUGGAUUCGUCUCAAUUGAACAUCGGAAUUUGGGGAGGUUAGAUAAAUUUCAAAAAUUUAGCGAAAUUUAUAAGAAUCCAAAAAGUUUAGGUGAUGUAAAGUUGGACAAUCUUCAAGUCAAAGAAACAGCUCUCGAUGACUUCGAUCUUCCAAUCAAACUAAAAUACGGUUAUCUUUCUUCACUGGUACUCAAAAUUCCAUGGAAAAAUUUAUACAACGAACCUGUGAUUGCAACAAUCGAUGGAUUGAAUCUUAUUGUUGUUCCAAAUAAGGGAGUCGUUUAUAAUGAAGAAAAAGCGAUGAAGAAUUUGCAAGAAAUAAAACAGAAAACACUUGCUCGACUUGAAGAAGCGAGAAAGGAGCGAAGAAAGCCAAAAGAUCCACAAGCUGAUACUUUUGCUGAGAAAAUGGUUACACAAAUCAUCAAAAACUUACAGGUAAAAAAUACAAAGAAAAUUGGUCGGGUUCCAUUUUAGAAAUAAUAUAUACCCAUAGUUACUCAUGUAGUGAGUCGCAAUACGGUUAGGUGCCACGUUUUUAGAAAUGAUACAUUUGUAAUUUCUAUAUUUUGAAAAUUACUAGACCGACACGCAAAGAAUGGUAUUCGACCUAUUUAUUUUUUUCUAAUUUCUCACGUUUUCAUUUCUCUUUCAAAUUGUUUCAUUUCAUUUUUAGGUGUCUGUUUCAAAUAUUCAUGUUCGCUUCGAAGAUAAAUAUACGAAUCGUCAUCGUCCAUUUGCAAUGGGAAUUACUUUGGAAAAAUUGUAUUUCAAAACAACCGAUGAACAUUGGAAAGAAACAAUUCAUAAGGAUGUUGUCAAAAUUAUCUACAAAUUAGUUUCGCUUCAAAAUCUCGCAGUUUAUUGGAAUUCUGGAACAGAAUUCAUUUCAGAUUAUACUGAUAAAGAAAAGAUUCGAAAGAAGUUACAAGAAACUAUUCAUAAUGGAAAGAAUCGUCCAAUUGGAUAUAAAUAUAGUUAGUUUUUUUUGUUAAUAUUUUAAUUUGAAUUAUCUAAAGAAAAAUUCUAUUUGCAGUUCUUGAACCAAUUCAAAUGGAAGCCAAAUUAAAAUUGAAUCAGAAACCUGAAACUGAUGGAAGUAAUUGGACAAUUCCAAAAAUCGAUCUUGGUGUUGAUAUGCAAGCUCUUGCUCUUGCAAUUGGAAAAUUCCAGUAUCAAGAUAUUCUUUUAUUCCUUGAAGCACAAGAAAGAUUCAAUGCUGCAAGUCAAUAUUUGAAAUAUCGCCCAAAUUUGAAUGAAUAUCACGGACAUUACAAAACAUGGUGGAAAUUUGCAUAUAAUUCGAUUUUGGAGGAAAAAGUUAGAAGAAGACGACACAAUUGGUCUUGGGAAAGAAUGAGAAAACAUCGUGCAUUAGUCAAGAAAUAUCAAACAGCUUGGGUUAAACAUCAAACUGAAGCAAGUCCAGGAGCUGAAGUUGAUAAAAUUAUUAAAGAAGCGGAGAAAACUUUGGAUAUUUUCAAUGUCAAUGUUGCAAGACAACAAGCUGAAUUAGAUAUUGAUAGACAAGGUUUGACAAGACAAGAAGAUAAACCACAAGGAUGGGUUGCUUGGGGUAAAAGUUGGUUUGGUGGUGGUGGAAAUGGGCAACCACAACAUGAAGGUGGAAAGAAAAAAGAUGGAAAAGAUAUUGGAUCUCAAUUCCAAGCAGCUAUGACUCAAGAAGAAAAAGCCAAAUUAUUUGAGGCUAUUGAUUAUCAGGUAAUUAAAUAUAAUUAUUUAUUUUAAAUUCCUUGCAUUUUUUUUUGAGAAAAUCAGAUAAUCCAGGAUAUUCUAUUUCGUGAAAAAAAAAUCGUGUUAUUGAAAAAGUAUUGAAUUUACAGGAAAAUAUUCCACCUACAAAUUAUCCAAAAGAAUUUGUUGAAAAUAAGUUUGAAUUCAAAUUGGGACAAGUUGCAAUUGUUGUUGAUGGCGCUGUUUCAAUGCAACUUCUUCAAAUCAAAGCAAAUGUUGAACAAAGACCAAGUGCUUCAGCUAUGCAGUAUGUUUUUUUCUGAACUUUUCUUGUGUUUUAAUAAUUCAAUUUUGUAGUGUCGAAUCAUCAAUUCAACAACUUCGUAUGGAUGGUUGUGGAACAGAAGUAAUUCGUGUUCGAGAUCCUUCAAUUCCAUGGAUGUCAUUCCUUCUUGAUACAAAUCCAUUGAAAGGAGAUUAUGAUCAAUUGGUUAAAUUGGCAAUUGCUCCAAUUAAUGUUAAGUAUCAAGCACCAGCAAUUAAUAAUGCAAUUGAUGUAUUCAAACCACCAGAAUCAGUUCGUCUCAAUCAAUUAACAGCUUUGGCAAUGUCUAGAUAUGAGGAAGUUAAAACAAGAUCUGUUACUGGAUUGGCACAUGCUGUUGAACAUCGAUCAAAACUUGUUUUAGAUGUUCAAAUUCAACCAGCUCGUGUAUAUAUUUCUGAAGGAGGAACAUAUAAUUCAGAAAAACCAACAUUAUUGGCUGAUAUGGGAUUAUUAUCUGUUGUAACAAUUGAUACAUCAACUGUAAAUACAGAAGGAAAAGAUAAAUUGGGUGCUUUAAUGGAAAAAGCAUAUGAUAGAUUCCAUGUUAAAUUGAGUAAUGUUGUAAUUGCAUUUGCUGAUAAUGUUGAACAAGCUGAAAAAUGUGUUUUCGAAAAAGAAUCGCCACUGCAUGUUUUGAAGCCAACUGGAUUGGAUAUUCAAAUUCAUAAGAGUUCGAUUGAUGAUUUGAGAUUGGCAAAAAUGCGUGUACUUGGAGAUCUUCCUGAUAUUGUUAUUGGAAUUUCUGAUACUCGUUUAAUUGGAUUAAUGAAAUUAGGUUUAUCAAUUCCAACUCCAAAACCAGAUGAAAAAACAGAAGCUGAAAAAGAAUUGGAAGUUGUUCCAAUAGCAAAAGUAAAAGAUCGUGCAAAAAUGAGAACAAUUAUGGAAGCAGAAGAAAUGGAAGAAGAUGUUACGCAAAAAGAAGAAGAAAAUAAAGAUAAAAAGAAAACAAGUGAACAACAAGUUCAAAUUGAACUCGAUUUAAGAUUGAAUCAAAUUGGAGUUAUUGUUUAUCGAAAUGAUAAUACUUUCUGUGAUGUUUCGAUUUUGAAAAUGGCUUGCAAAUUACAAAUGAGAACUUUUGAUAUGGUUGUAACUGCUGAGGUUUGUUUUUUUAUCUACUAUCUACUAUCUACUAUAAUAUACUAAUUGGGAAAAUUUUUUUGGCAAUAGUAUGUCCGGGUCCCGUUCUCAAAACUGUGCGCAUAAAAAUUGAUGAUCAAAAAAAGAAAAAGUUUCUAAAUGUUGGCAGCUCGAUGCGCAUCCUAUUCAUUCUUUCUCAAAAUGUAUGUGGGUGCGCGGAGAAUCAAAAGUUUGAAAACUCCAAUGUAUUUUUCGAUUUUAAAAUGUGUCGCUCGACUUUUCUCAAUUUCCAGAAGACCAUUUUUGAUGGGACCUUCACCAUUCUAUCCCAAAUUCUUUCCCAUCGAGGCGCUAAUAUUCGAUUUUUCAAAAAGUGCGCGAGUUUUCACGUGAAAAAUCAAAACUUUUUUCAUGUAAAAAAGAAUGAUCACGUUUUUAUUCCAAAAAAAUUAAAGGACACGUUUCUUAUCUGAUCUUUCUGUUUUCUGAAAAAAGCGAACAAUUUCUGGGCAUUUCUCAAUGUUUCUCUUUACCCAACCGGAAAAAAUCAAAAGUAAGUCAAACUACUGUAGAUGGCGUUAGCCAGCGAAGCCCUUCUAGUUUAAUAUAUUUCCGAAUAAUUAAAUUAAUUCCAGCUUGGUUCAAUUCGUGUUUCAAUGCCUGAAUUCAAUUCUCUUGAUCCCCGAAGACAACAUUUAUAUAUUAUUGACAAUGAUGAACAAGAAGGAGCUUUGAUGGCAUUGAAGUUUGUUCAAGCAAAUCCUGAAUCACCAUUUUUCGCAACCGAAUAUGCAUUAACUGAACAAGCUAUCGAUUUCAAUUUCACAAAAUUGAAUGUUUCUUUGCACCAAGAAGGAGUUUUGGAAUUGAAACAAUUUGGAGAAGAUUUGCAAUCACAAUUAAAUGAAUUGCAAAAAGAUGUACCAAAAGAAGAAAAAGUUGAAGAAACUGCAAGGAAAUUGAGCAAAAAAUUAAGUGAAAGUGUUUUAUCCGUUGCUUCAUUGGCAAAAUCGACUGAAAAACGAGUAAGAAAGAAGACAGUUUCGAAAUUGGAAGCAGAAAAGGAAAUCGAUACAUCAAGAAAUAUCAAACAACGAAUUAAGGCAAAGUUUGGAAGUUUAGGAUUGUUGAUUGGAACACAAAAACAAUUAGAAACAAGAUUGGCUAUUGAACAUGUAAGAAUAUUUAUUUAUUCAUUUAUUUAUCAUUGAAAAAUAUUUGAUAUUUUUUUACAGAUUAAUGCAAAUGUAAAAAUGACUGAAAAAGCAAUGGAAGUUGUUGCCACACUUCAAGCAAUUUCUAUGGAAGAUUGCACUCCAAAUGCUAUUUACAGGUAAAAUAAUUAAUCUUGGCAUUCUGAUUUAAAACCAAAUCUUUAUAGAAAACUUCUUUCUGUAACUGGAAAUGAAGAUAUGCUUCGAUUCGAUUUUGUUCAACAUCAAAGAACUGAUGAACAAAGAAAAUUGAUGAAGACUUCUGAUGUUGAUAUGGUUGUUAAAAUGAAAUUGGCUCAAAUGAGAUUCGUAUUUCUUAAUUUGUGGUUGGCUCGUUUAAUGGCAUGGAUUGCUCCAUUCCAAAAUGAAGCUGUUCGAGCAGCACAAGUUGCACAAGCAGCAGCUGCUGAAAAAGCCGCCGAAGCUGCACAAAAUGUUAAACAAAUAAUGGAACAAUCACCGCCAAGAAUUCAAUUAGAUGUUCUUCUCGAAGCUCCAUUCAUUGUUGUUCCAAGAUUAUCAACAAGUCGAGAUGUUAUUGUUUUGCAUUUGGGUAAAUUAGCUGUGAAAAAUGAUAUUAAGGGAGAUGCUAAACAUCCAAAAGCUGUUCUUGAUCGAAUGGAUAUUAAAAUGACUGAUAUCACUUUUGGAAUGUAAGUUUUUUUGAAAGUGUUUCUGUGAAUAUUGUUUUGUUUUCAGCGGUGUUAUGAAUGAAGAUGUUUCUGUUGUUGCUUCGACAUGUUUGAUUCUCAAACCAUUAUCAUUUUCAUUAGCUCUUCAAAGAAAUUUAACAUUUUCGAUUGCGAAAGAUAUUCCUGAAAUAGUUGUCGAUGCUCAUUUGAACUCAAUUGAAGCUGAAAUGUCAGAUGCUGAUUAUAAAACAAUAAUGCAAACACUUUCUGGUAAUUUGGCUGAAGGACAGGAUUUGGCAGUUACACCGCCGCCUCCUCCACCAUCUCAACCAUCGGAAUCAGCAACAUCAACACAAACAAAUAAAGAUAAAGAAAAAGUUGGAAAAGAUCGAGAAGCGAAUGCUGGUCCACCUGUUAUUGAAAAACCACAUACAAGAAUUGUUUUCCAAUUUGUUCUUGAUAAAAUUGCUGCAGUUUUAUAUGAAGGAGAAUCAGAAAAUGGUGUUAGAAAUGAGAAUCAUGCGUUUGCUGCACUUCGAUUGAAUAAUGUUAAAAUGUCUGGAAAAAUAGCCGAAGAUAAUGCAAUUGUAUUUGCAAUGUCAUUAGAUGCAUUUACAAUGGAUGAUGAAAGAAAAGGAAAAACUAAAAUUUCGAAAUUGAUGGACAAAAAAGGAUCAAAAGAUGAACGAUUUUUGGAUAUGAAUUUCAAUCAAGAUGCUGAAGCUAAUAAACAAAUCCGACUCAAAAUGACAGCUUUCUUCAUUUGUUUAUGUCCAGAAUUUCUUGGAUGUCUUACAAGAUUCUUUGCAGUUCCACCAUCUGAAGAACAAUUGGAAAAAGAAGCAAUUUCUGCUCCAGGUAAACUUUUGAUUUUUUUAAAUUAUGUUUCAGUAAUAAUUUAUUUACAGCUUCAAAAUCGACAGCUACAAAAUCGGAUACUCCGGCUGGUCCUCCGGCUCCAGCUGGAACAAUUGCAAUUGAUUGUGAUAUGCAUGGAGUUGAAGUUAUUCUUGUUGAAGAUUCAAUGCAUCCAGAAUCUACUCAAGCACUUAUUUUAUCUUUCAAUGUUACUGCUGCUUCUCAUCCAAAUGAACAAACAAAAGAUACAAAAAUGAAUUUGGCUAUCGAAAAUCUUGCAAUUUUCAGUUCAUUUUAUGAAUUGAAAAGAAGAAAUGAAGUCACUUAUGAAGUAUUAUCACCAGUUACAAUUCAAGCAAUCGUAAAUAUGAAUACGGAAAAAAAGACAACUGAUGCUAUUUUGAAAAUGGGUGCAAUGGAUGUUAAAAUGUCACCAUCAAUUAUUCGAUUAUUAUCUGCUGUUUCAGCUGAAUUUGCGAAGAGCAGUGCUGUUGAAUCAGAAUCAAAAUCACUCAAAAUUUUGAAAUUGAAAAAAUGGCCAAAUUAUUUCGAUGCAAAACCAAUUGAUCAUAGAAAAUACUGGUUUUUCUCAGCUCCAGUUGCACAAGAAGCAAUUGAAGAAGAAGAAGAAGGAAAUCAUGAGGAAAAUAAAAGUAUUUCGAAAUUAAAUGAAUCAAUGAUUGGAAAAGAAACAGCAAAAGUUGAUUUUGAACGAUUUACAUUCACUUUGGAAGCUGGAACUGGUGCUAUUCCAGUUCCUCUUAUUUUUAUGGAUAUGUUAAUCAAUGCAGAAGCACAUGAUUGGUCAUCUGCAAUGAGAGUUUCUUCAGAUGUUUCAUUACAAAUGUCAUAUUAUAAUGAAGCUGUUAGUGUUUGGGAACCAAUUAUUGAACCAGUUGAAAAUGAUAAUGGCGAAUUUGAAAGAUGGAAAUUAUCAAUGACAAUGAAAUCAAGAAAUAAACAAGAUUCGAAUGAUAAUUCUCCAUUAACUGAAGUAAAAAUUGAAGCUGAUAAAAUGCUGAAUGUAACUGUUACUAAAUCUCUUCUCACUCUUCUCAAUAAAUUAACUGAAGUAUUUGCAUCAGCUGCCAAGAAAAUCACACCAACUCAAACAAGACAUUUACCUGGAAUAUCACCAUUUGUUGUAUUGAAUGAAUCUGGAAUUGCUGUCAAAGUAUUAGAUACAGAAUCAGUGAAAGUUAGUGAGAAUGGAGAAUCAGUUGAUGCAACACAUGGAGCAUUUGUUGAUGUUUAUUUGAAAAAUGAUUCGAUUAAAAAUAAUGAGGUAUUUUGAAAAAUGUCGAUAUUAUUUUAAUUGAAAUUCAUUUUAAUUUUCAGAAUCAACGACUUGCAAUUGAACAAGAAGAAGUCACUGGUGAAUUGAAAUUCGAACUUGCUGGAACUGUUCGUGAAACAAAAAUUGGAAGAGCUGAAAAACGAAUAAUUCAUUUGCCAAAAGUUAGUGACGGAGGUCAUAAAUGGUUAUUGGUUGCUGAAACAACAAUUGAAAAUAAUCGUCGACUUGUUACUCUUAAUUCUCAUGUCAAAGUUACGAAUCAUUUGUCAUAUCCAGUUGAACUAUUUUCGAAACGCGAUACAACUCUUGAUCUUUUUGGAACAUGUGAACCAAAUGAGACAAUUCCAUUAGCUGUUCCAUUAUUGUUUUCACCAUCUGGUGAUAUUUUCUUGAAACCGGUCGAAGAUCAGUAAGUUAACUGUAGACAACAAUCUUUCAAAAAAAAACAACAAAUUUUUAGAUAUGAGGUAUCAUCUGAAUCACUUUGUUGGCAUGGUUUUGAACACAAUAAAAGACAAGCUGUUAGAUGUGAAACAGAUUCAAAUGAUGGAACAUUCAAAGGAAUUUAUAUUGAUAGUGUUGUUCAUGAAGAAAAAGUUCAAGACGGAGCUGAUAAUUUCACAAGUAUUUAUCAUGUUCAUUUAUAUCCACCACUCGAAUUCCAUAAUAUUCUACCAAUGAAUAUUCAAUUAAUUACACCAGAAGAAAAGAUUUUGGAAGCUGGAACUUCAACUUUAAUGAAUGUUGUUGCCGGAAGUCCGGUUAAAUUAUCAGUUGAACAUCUUGGAGAAAAAUUCAUUCUUGAUAUGCCAAUUCCAGAUGAGAAAAAAGAUUUGGAAGUUGUUGCAUUGAAUACUGAAACUGGUUCUGAUGAAUUGGUUUGUUUAUUUUUCAAUGAAAAUAUAAUAAAUGUUGUAUGUUUCCAGCUUCUUGGACUUCAUUGGACAAGUGAAUAUGGAACUCAAAAAGUAUAUCUUUAUGCUCCAUUCUGGCUUGUAAAUAAUACAUCGAAAAUUUUGAGACAUGUGGUGAGUAUUUCAAAAAUGUUAUUUUGUGCUUGUGGGAAUCUAUUUUCGGGUUGCUUGGGUUAAAAAGGAAUACCAAGAUGAUUGUUUUUUGUUGAGUCUUUCUCAAUUUUUCUUGAUAUCCCUUUUUAAAAUUAAUAACAACUUCUUUCAUUUGUUUCCACCCUUCUGGUGUUUUCAAUUUAUAUUGUUAUGAAAAUAUUCCUUGAACAACUUUACUUUUUUCCCAAAAUAGGAAAGCAGCGGAAAUAUGUUGACGAACACAGCGCGCGGUUGUGUUCCUUGUGGAAAGAAGUCUGUCGUCUCAUCGGAAGAGGUGCGUAAUUAAUUCAAACUUCGGCUAAUAUUCUUUAUCUUUUUUGAUUAUUUUCCAUUCUUCUUUGCUACCAAAAUUAGCAUGACAAAAUAUGGUAAUGUUUAAACAAUUUAGUUAUAUUUAUAUUUAGAAUGAUGCCGCUGUUCUCCAUCGAAUCGAUGAUAAUCCUAUUAUUUUACCAUUCCCAGCAACUGAUUUGGCAAAGAAGAAAAAGGUUUGUUCUCGAUGUUUUUUUCAAAUCUGAAAUGAACUGUUUUUUAGGCUCGUGUCAAGGUUGAAGAUGAAUCUGAUUGGUCAGAAGAAUUCCCAUUGGAUACAGUUGGAAAUGCUGCAAGAAUCACCUGUAAAGGAGCCAAAAAUGAUUUUGAUGUGAGUUGGAAGAAGUUUUUGGAAAAAUUAUGAAAUUUAUCCAGGGAGCCUAAAGAAUUGAAACAUUUUUGAAUUUCUGUUUUCUUCGAAAUAACUUUUUAAUUGUCAACGUGAAGUUCACGUUAAAAUACGAUGGUUUAAAUAUUAUUUUAUUUAGUGAAUUUAUUUUCUGACUUUUUCAAUCGAGCAAUCCAUAUUUUUUGAGAAAAAAUCCAACUUUUCGAUAUUUUUAAAUUAAGUGUUUUUAAUGAUCUUAGAAAUAGGAACUGGCUCGAAAUCUAGGAAAAUUACUGUUCUGAUAAUAAUUUGUUUUUCCAGUUGACCGUUGAUAUCAAAUUGUGUCAAUCUGGAUUAACAAAAAUUGUAACAUUCCAACCAUUUUAUUUGGUAUCAAAUCUCGGAAAAUAUCCAAUGGAAAUUCGUGAAGAUGGUCAAACUGAAUGGAUUGAUGUUCCAAGUGAAACUGUAAGUAUUUCAUUUUUGUUAUCCUCAUAAAAUUUAUUAUUUCUUCAGUGUGUUGGAGUUUGGCCAGUUGAAAGAAAAAAGAGAAAGUUGAUGUGUGUUCGUUAUAAAGAAGAAAAAGAUGAAUCCUUGAUUUUCCCGAUCACUGAAAAUUUCGAAACUCUUUGUCAUAUGGAUGGAGAUAAUAUUGGAGUUGAAGUAUCGGUUUCAACUGGUGAAUCAUCUGUUGCAAUUCAUUUAACACCAUUUACACCUGGAAUGUGUCCUGUUCAAGUUAUGAAUAAUUUACAGGUUUGUUUGAAACAUUUUGAAGAACAAAUUGAGAAGAAUUAUUUAGAUUCCUGUUACAUUUGGACAAAAAGGUCACAAGAAAACAACAUUGAAACCAAAUGAAUUUGCUCAUUUCACAUGGUCAAGUGUAAUUGAAGAUAAAUUAUUCGAAGUUGAUGUUGGAGAUUGGCAUCAUACGGAUAAAUUGGAUCAAAAUCAUUAUGGAGAUCUUCAAGCUGACAAAAAUGUUCGAAGAUUCAAUUAUUAUUCGAAUUUCUUGAUUGGUCGACAAAGAGUUAUUCUUUUCACACCAGAUGUUGAUAUUGCUAAAAAUGCAUUUGGUUCAUGGGAAACUGAUAGUGUUGAUAUGCAAGCUGAAAUCAGUUUACAAGGUUUUGGAUUAUCAGUUGUUGAUAAUAUUGUUGGAAGAGAAACCAUUUAUAUGGCAAUUUCAAGUUCUGAUAUUUUAUGGGAAGAAGAAGUCAAAAAAGGAAGAUUUAAACCAUUGGCUGUGAAAUAUAUGCAAGCACUUGAAGAAAAAUAUCAAAGUUCGAAUGGAACACCAGCAGAUACAUAUGAGGUAUUAUAUUUUGAAAAACGAAAACGGCUUUCAUUAAUACUUGACAAAUUUAGGCACUCGAUUCUUAUGAAGUUAAUAUAAAUCGAAUGAUUUUGAAAAAGAAAAAAGGAAAAGAAGUUAAACUUCGAAGAAUUUUCGAGCAAGGAUUAUGGGCAAGUUACGGUAAAAGUGCACAAAGAACAAGACUUCAUGCAAAGAUAAAUCAUAUUCAAAUUGAUAAUCAGGUAAAUUAGUAACGAUUUUAUUUGUGGAAAUAUAUAUUCACAAUAAUUUCCAGCUCGAUGCAUGUGUAUUUUCUCGUGUUUUGUCAGUUGUUCCACCACCAAAAAGUGUUAUUGUCGAUAAUAGUAAGUUUUUCAAUUUGUAAAUGUCAAAAUAAUCUAUGAAUUAUUUCAGCACCAAAACCGUUCAUUGAAUUAUCUUUGCUUCAAAGACAACCAGAAUUCUCUUCGAUUGUUGAAAUUGAAUAUUCUCAUGUUUUAAUUCAAGAGUUCUCAGUUCAAGUUGAUCAAGGAUUGAUUAAUGCAUUGUUAUUGUUGAUUUCUGGAGAAGUUGCUAGAAAACCAUAUGGUGUAAGUUUUUCUUCUGAUUUUUUGAAUUUUUUUUUUUUAAAUAAUAAUUGAUUCUCAGAAAGAAAUGUUCGAUGAAGAUUUGAAAGUAUGCCAUGUUCCACUUUCUGAAACAGCUCGACAAUACAAAUCAUCUCGACCAAAAAGUUUUUACAAUGAUUUGCAUAUUUCGCCAAUUAUGAUGCAUUUAUCAUUUUCGCAAGGUGGAACAUCAGGAGAUGCAGCUUCAAGUGGUGCUUCAAUGCCAAUUCAAUCUGAAAUGAUCAAUGUUUUAUUGAGAUCUGUUGGAGUUACAUUAACUGAAUUACAAGAUGUUGUAUUCAAAUUGGCUUAUUUCGAAAGAAAAUGUGUAUUUUAUAGUCCGGAUCAAUUAAAUGCUGAAAUCAUUUCACAUUAUGCAAAACAAUUUAUCAAACAAUUAUAUGUUCUUGUUCUUGGUUUAGAUAUUAUUGGAAAUCCAUUUGGACUUGUUCGAGAUUUGUCUGCUGGAGUUGAAGAUUUAUUCUAUCAACCAUUCCAAGGAGCAAUUCAAGGACCAGAAGAAUUUGCAGCUGGUGUUGCACUUGGUGUUCAAUCAAUGUUUGGACAUGCAGUUGGUGGAGCUGCUGGAGCUGUUGGAAGAAUUACUGGAACUGUUGGAAAAGGUGUUGCUGCAUUAACAUUUGAUGAUGAUUAUAUGAAGAAAAGACAAGAAGAUUUGAAUCGAAAACCACAAACAUUUAGUGAAGGAAUGGCAAGAGGAUUCAAAGGGCUUGGAAUGGGUGUUGUUGGUGGAAUUACGGGUGUUGUAACAAAACCAAUUGAAGGAGCAAGACAAGAAGGAGGAAUUGGAUUUGUAAAAGGAGUUGGAAAGGGUCUUAUUGGUGUUGUAACAAGACCAGUCUCUGGUGUUGUUGAUUUUGCAUCUGGAACAUUGAAUUCAGUAAGAGCUGUUGCUGGAACAAAUAGAGAAGCUGGACCAUUAAGACCACCAAGAGUUUUAAGAGCUGAUAAAAUUGUCAAACCAUAUUCAAGUAAUGAUGCAUAUGGAUUCAAAGUUUUCAAGGUAAUCGAAAGCUGAAUAAAUUCCUUACUUAAUUCAACUUUUAGGACACGGAUCGAGGUGAAAUUGCAGAAACUGAUGAAUUCGUUACUUUUGCUUCGAUAAACGAUAAAAUAGUAUUAUUAGUAACUGAUCGCCGAUUGAUUUUGAGUAAAAGAACUGAUGUGAUGGGUGUUUGGAGUACUGAUUGGAGCACCGAAUAUUUGAAAAUCAAAGAACCUGAAUUUAUCAAUAACGGUGUCAAAAUUCUACUAAAAGUAUGUUUUUAUCUUCUUUUUUGAAUUCAAAACUUAUAUUUUUUUUAGGAGAAAAAGAAAGGUUUCCUUGGAAUCGGAUCAAGUGAGGGUAAAAUUAUAACGUUCCAAAAUGCUGAGGUAAUUUUUGAGUUUUUUAUGCCAGAAUAAAAUUCAAAAUCAUUUUUUUCAGAAAGUUCAUCAAAAAUUGCUUGCCGCCUAUAAAAAAGCUACUCUUGUCUAA